UUGAGAGACAGCAGCUUCCUCCCUCCGUCGCGCGCCAAGCAGGGAGCGUCCGCUGCCCCCCCUCCUCCUCCCCCCCACCGGGGCUGGCCAUGACGGGGGCAAUGCCUCGGCCGCCCCUGGUGCGCUUGGGCAGGCGCAGGAGGCACAGCCGGGAGUCCACCCCAAAUGAAGAGGAUGAAGUUGAGGGAAUAUUUCUCCCAGUAGGAGUAGAUCUUCGUGAAAUAACUAUACUGCCCAGAGCAGAAUGGCAAAGGAUACAAGACAGCCUCACUGCCAGAGCUAGAGAAGCGGCACAGAUUCGUGCAGAAAGGAAAGAACGGAAAGAUCUGCAUUUAAAGUCUCAAGCGCUUGUUAAGAACUGGACCAACACUAUUGCAGGUAUGUCACAAAUGAAACUGAAAGCUCAAAAAGUGCGGAAAGAAAGGCAAGAGGAAGAGCGAAGAAAGAUUGACCUGGAAGAAGCAAAAUACCAAGCACAGAAGCGAAAAGAGUUUAUAGAAAAAGCCAAAAUGCAACAAUACUAUGAAAAUGAGAGAGUGAAAGGAUUCCAUAAAGCCUUUUUACUUACUGAAGUCUUAAAGGAAAGAGAUGCUCAGAUUGAAUAUAACAAGAAAAAAGGAAAUCUAUACCUCCAUAAAUUCGAAGAAAUAGAACGGGAACGUCAAAAAGCUAUACAGAAAGAGGAGGAAAAGGCCAAGGAGCGCCGCCUGAAAAGACUGCAGCUUAACAAGGAUCAAUUAGAACAAAUAAAAGAGCAUGAACAUCAAGCAGAAAUGAACAAGCUAGAAGAGAAAAAAGAAGGGGAAGCGAUCCAGGCACAAGUCAGGCUACAUCAACUGGAAAUGCUGCAGAAAGAGGAAAAGGAGAGUGAGGAGAAACUUAAGCGUAAGCAGAUCCAUCAGGCGUAUGUUGCUGAUCAGAAAAUUCUGAGAGCUAUAGAAAAGCAAAAAGAAGAAGAAGAAGAUGAUAAAGUUCGAGCUCAUUAUCAAGCAAAGCGAGCUAUGGCUAAGCUGAGAAGAGAAAAGGAAGAGGAACUGCUCAGGUUAAUGGAGGAACACAGAGAAAAUAUCAGCAAGUACCUCCUUCAACAGAUGAAACAAAAAACUGAUGAUGAAGAUGAGCGUAUCGCAAGAGAAAUUGCAGAGACAGAAGAGGAGCUUGAGAAGGAACGUAAAGCUAAAGAAGAAAAGAACAAAGCUGAUCUCAAAUCCAUCAAAGAUCACAGAAUUAGUGUGAUAAAAAUGAAGGAAGAGAAAGAAAAGCAGGAAAAACUGGAAGCUCAAGCUACACUUCGAGGAUUAAUAGAAGCAGACAGGAUCUAUCAAGAACUGGAGAAAGACAAGAAACAUAGAAAUCAUUGUGCAAACUUAAAAUUACAGGAAGCCCAUGUCAUGCAAAUAGCUGAAAAUUUGUCAAGAAAAGAACGUGAGAAGCAAGAAGACCUAGAAUAUCAAAGACAAAAAGAACGUAUUGCAAUGUGGAAGGAACAGGAAUUCCAGGAGUAUGCAAGGAAAGUCAUUGAUGAGGCGUCCAAGACAACUCACCAUCUUUACCCUCUUUAUAAAGCAGCAAGUGAAGGUAUUGCUGGUGUCAGUGGAUCCAUUUAUCAUAAACAACAGCUUCAGUCACAGGAUAAGCAGUCUACUAAGUUGCCAUUUAUUGGUGACACAGCUCAAGAAAUGAGGCUCUUAAAUGAACAUGAAUACGGUAACACUAAGGGACGACUAGGUUUUACAUGGUAACACCCCUCUCUUGUUUUGAAUGUUAAAAUUAAGUCUAAUGCAUUUUGAAAUAUUCCAGUUUGUGAAAAACAGAGUAAGAAAUUGGCAAGCUUGAGGUAAUUUAAUAAAGGUUGUAAAUGUCUAAUUAUAUAUACAAAAAAAUUGGAAAAUCAAUAAUAAACAAUGUGUAGAAUUUUGAA